CGAAGUGCGCAGACUCCUCAGCCCGGCUCCAGUUCGGUCGGGACGCCGCUGAGCCCGCGACGUCGCCUCCCGGUGAGUUUCUGAGGGGGCCGCCAGGCCUUGUCCUUCCGCAGUGGCCGCGCCGGCAGCAGGGCACUGCAGCCGCAGUCCCGGCCGCGGUGUUUGGUAAGCAGAAGCCCCGGCGUGCCCUGAGCGUGCAGCCCCCCGCCGCUCGGCCCGGCCACAGCCCCGGGCGUGAACGGAGCUGACGGAGGAUGGCAGCCUCCGGGGUGGAGAAGAGCAGCAAGAAGAAGACCGAGAAGAAACUUGCUGCUCGAGAAGAAGCUAAAUUGUUGGCGGGCUUCAUGGGCGUCAUGAAUAACAUGCGGAAACAGAAAACGUUGUGUGAUGUGAUCCUUAUGGUCCAGGAAAGAAAGAUACCUGCUCAUCGAGUUGUUCUCGCAGCAGCCAGUCAUUUUUUCAACUUAAUGUUCACAACUAACAUGCUUGAAUCAAAGUCCUUUGAAGUUGAACUCAAAGAUGCUGAACCUGACAUUAUUGAACAACUUGUGGAAUUUGCUUAUACUGCUAGAAUUUCUGUGAAUAGCAACAACGUUCAGUCUUUGUUAGAUGCAGCAAACCAGUACCAGAUUGAACCUGUGAAGAAAAUGUGUGUUGAUUUUUUGAAAGAACAAGUUGAUGCUUCAAAUUGUCUUGGUAUAAGUGUGCUAGCAGAGUGUCUGGACUGUCCUGAAUUGAAAGCAACUGCAGAUGACUUUAUUCAUCAGCAUUUUACUGAAGUUUAUAAAACUGAUGAAUUUCUGCAACUUGAUGUGAAGCGAGUUACACAUCUCCUCAACCAGGACACUCUGACUGUGAGAGCAGAGGACCAGGUUUAUGAUGCUGCUGUCAGAUGGCUGAAAUAUGAUGAACCUAAUCGCCAGCCAUUUAUGGUCGAUAUCCUUGCUAAAGUCAGGUUUCCUCUUAUAUCAAAGAAUUUCUUAAGUAAAACAGUACAAGCUGAACCACUUAUUCAAGACAAUCCUGAAUGCCUUAAGAUGGUGAUAAGUGGAAUGAGGUAUCAUCUGCUGUCUCCAGAGGAUCGAGAGGAAUUGGUAGAAGGCACAAGGCCCAGAAGAAAGAAACAUGACUACCGCAUAGCCCUGUUUGGAGGCUCCCAGCCACAAUCUUGUAGAUAUUUUAACCCAAAGGAUUAUAGCUGGACAGACAUCCGCUGCCCCUUUGAAAAACGAAGGGAUGCAGCAUGUGUGUUUUGGGACAACGUAGUGUACAUUUUGGGGGGCUCUCAGCUUUUCCCCAUAAAACGAAUGGAUUGCUACAAUGUCGUGAAGGAUAGCUGGUAUUCCAAGCUGGGCCCUCCGACACCUCGAGACAGCCUUGCUGCCUGUGCUGCAGAAGGCAAAAUUUAUACAUCUGGAGGUUCCGAAGUCGGAAACUCAGCGCUGUAUUUAUUUGAGUGCUAUGAUACAAGAACUGAAAGCUGGCACACAAAGCCCAGCAUGUUGACUCAGCGCUGCAGCCACGGGAUGGUGGAAGCCAACGGCCUGAUCUAUGUUUGUGGUGGAAGUUUAGGGAACAAUGUUUCUGGGCGCGUGCUGAAUUCCUGUGAGGUUUAUGAUCCUGCCACAGAAACAUGGACUGAGCUGUGUCCAAUGAUUGAGGCCAGGAAGAAUCAUGGACUGGUAUUUGUAAAAGACAAGAUAUUUGCUGUAGGUGGUCAGAAUGGCUUGGGUGGCCUGGACAACGUGGAAUAUUAUGAUAUUAAAUUAAACGAAUGGAAGAUGGUCUCACCAAUGCCAUGGAAGGGUGUAACAGUGAAGUGUGCAGCAGUUGGCUCUAUAGUCUAUGUCUUGGCGGGUUUUCAAGGUGUGGGUCGAUUAGGACACAUCCUUGAAUAUAAUACUGAGACAGACAAAUGGGUUGCCAACUCCAAAGUCCGAGCUUUUCCAGUAACAAGUUGUUUAAUUUGUGUUGUUGAUACUUGUGGAGCAAAUGAAGAAACACUUGAAACAUGAAAAGUGAAUGGACUUCAAGAUUUAUUGGAGACUCAAAAAUAUGGCCACCAGUGCUUUGUUCCAAGAGUUUGGUUACAAAGGUUUAGUUUGGUGUUUUGUUUUGUUUUGUUUUUAAGGAAAUUUCAAGUAAAGUAAGAUCGCUAUAAAAUAGAUGUUUCUUUUAUAUGAAUUUCCUUACUUAAUUCAAAGACCAUAUUUUAGCUGGCCACUUAACCAAGACAUACCUAGUGAGAAAACUUGAAAAAUCAUAAGCAUUUGGUGAAAAUACAAAUUCUUGAAUGAAUUUUACAUGUGUAACUAUGAUUAUGGCAGAGUGGGGAUUGGCUCGUCAGUGAAGCAGUCUCAUCUUAGCUCUAGAUUCUAUUUUCAUACAUCAUAGAAGUGCUAUGUAGGUAGGUCUACUUGUUUCUGUUCAGUCAAGAACGAAGACAUAGUAUGAAGUGUAAGUCAAGACAGGCAACUCCGAUGAAACAGCUUAGUCUCACCUAGUUUUGCUUGUCUUCAUUUGUUCCAUUUAGUGCCAAAUUUAUUCCAUUUUAAAAGCAAGCCAGAGUGAGUCAAGGCAUACACAUAUUCUCUCACAAAACUUCAUAAACACAUUUUGGGCUUAGAAACAUACCCAAGUCCUCAUGAAAUAUAUUCAAUUAAAUAUAUUCCAUCUUUUAAACACAAAAUGUCAAGCUUAGCACGCCGGUUAAUUUAUAGUACUGUUUUACCCCGUGGUUAAAAAAUGAUUAUGCCUCUUCACUCACUGUUAAAUAAAAUAAAAUCAUAGUAAGAAUGAUUAGCAAAAGAUAAAGCUAUUUAUAGUAAAUUUCUAGGUUACUAGAAUAGCACUGAUAGCUAUACAAUAUCAAUGUUGACUUUGAACUUCUUAUGGAUUUAAAAAGAUACAUGAUUUCUUUUUGUUAGCAGGACGCAUCAGAGAGGUUUGACCCAGGUAUCUCCUAAAAGUUUUGUAAUAAUUUGAGUUAAAUGUUUGUCAUCUCGUAUUAAUUGCUUUUAUGUGGUCAAUAAAUCUUUUACAAACCCAACUACUCAUUUCUUUCCUAGUAAUGUUUUGCCCUUUUACAUUAUGGAAUGUAUGGAAUGAGCCAUGUAAAGCUGUCACCAUCAGUGUUUUUAUCCAAUUAUAUUAAAUAUUUUUUAACUUAAAA